AGAAGCAUGUCAAGAAGACCAUAAACGGCACUCAUCCCAAGCAUUUAUUCACCAAAGGCUACAUCCCAUUAAGUGCCGUUACGACAUGCAUGUUUAAUGCUGGAAUUUGAACGAGUUGGGAUUUAAAAGUCGGAGCUGCCAGGGAACCCUGGGUGUUUUGACUCCGACCAACAUCCGUGUCCGAGUUGGUGUUCUGAUAAAGCUGAAGGAAAGUGAAUGAAGGCGUCGGCAGCGUCCCAGGUGCAACCUUCAGACCCCCCGGGACACCCCUGAGCUUCUCUUGGCCUGAUGGAUUCGGAGGUGGUUGUGCAGGAGGACAUGGAGGGCUCGUGGACGUUGCUGUCCUGGAUUGCGUCCUGCCUCAUGGUGUUCGGGGGGGCCCUGCCCUAUGUGCCACAGUACCAGGACAUCCAGAGGAGCGGCAGCAGCGAGGGCUUCUCCACCCGAGUCUGCCUGGUGCUGCUCAUAGCCAACAUCCUGCGCAUCUUCUUCUGGAUAGGGAAGCAGUUUGAGCUCACCCUGCUGCUCCAGAGUGUGAUGAUGAUCCUCACCAUGUUCGCCAUGCUCCACCUCUGCUGCACGGUCCAAAACACCAACCGAGUGAGCACCAGGCAACACCGACUUUCAGACUUGGAUUUUCGCUACUUCUGGAAGUGGAGCGCGUUCGAGGACUACCUGCUCUUCUGCUUCGGCUUCACCGUGCUGUGUGCAGUGGUCACGCUGCUGCUGCUGGACUCUGCUGUGUUUGUGGAGACGCUGGGCUCCCUGGCCGUGAUGUUUGAGGCCAUGCUGGGCUUCCCGCAGCUGCUGCAAAACUUCCACAACGGCUCCACCAAAGGCAUGAGUGUGAAGAUGGUGCUGCUGUGGACGGCCGGCGACAUCUUCAAGACCACCUACUUUGUGAUGAACGAAAGCCCGGCUCAGUUCUGGGUUUGCGGUUCAGUCCAGAUCAUAAUCGAUGUGGCCAUCCUGCUGCAAGUCCUUUUCUACAGCCAAGACACACGGGUCAAGUUAGGUUGAACAUGGCUGUUGCUUUGGGUGGCGAAAACCUGGGCUUGUGUCUAAGUUUUAACGAGUCUGAUCAUGCAAGGCUUUUUAAUAAAAUCAACUGCAAGACAUGAAAGACAUUUAGCAUCAAGGAAACAGAGAAAACCAAAGUCAAUAGAUUAAGUUGUCUUUUUUUUAGUGUUCAGCCUUGUUUCAAAGUAUUCUGCAUAUGGGUAUCAUGCAGACCCAAAGAAGUUACCUUCAAGUGCAAUUAAGCAAAUAAUUUUAGCCUUGAACAAACUACUAAGCAUUUUCAGUCAAGCACUUAUAGCCAAACUUUUGGCUUUACAUUGUUAUUAAGAUAAGGCAGUAGUUUGGUGAAUUUUUAGCAUUUUAUACUAUUUAUUUGUUCUCUGUUGAACAUUACCUGGAUCCUGGAAGUGCAGUGGACAUGGAAACUGUGAGAGGGAACAUCACUCACAUUGGCAGCUCACUAACAGCAGUUCUGUGCUGCUGUACUGGCAGCUGUAGCAACUAGCACGGCACUGGAGUCUACUGCCUGACUGAUGAGUCUCCCACUUCACACUCCACACCUCACUGGACUCUUCUCAUGAUGCAUGUACAUUGUGUGUGUGCGUGUGUUUGGGUGUGGCAUGCUUGCUGGUCUGUGCAGCCAAAAUAAUUUUUUGCCGUUGGCCUCCAGCUGCUUAGCAAAGCCCACAGUGCGUACACCAAGUAAUGGUAACUACAUAGGACAUCAAUCUUUGUGUUAUGACUCUGCUUUGUAGCUUAAUUGCCAAGCGAUACAGGUCUACCACAAAGUAUGUGAAAGACAAUGAAAAGUGCUGCGAUGCUUUGCACUGUACCUCAGUCACAAAAUCGUUUGUAGACACCAAAGGACACAAUAUUACUGAAUAUUUGUGGCAUUUUCAUCACAUAUGUCCUCGUCCCAUUACUGCUGAUUUUGUGAUGUCUCUUUGUUUGUUUUUUUCAAAAAACACUCUUGUUCUUUGAGACAGUUACAGAAUUACUCAUAAGCAGCUAAUUUAAUUAUGCUGGAUCUUUUAUUGAUAUAUACCCGUCGCCCACUUUUUGACUCCUAAGCAUCAAAUACUUACAGUAUAUAAAAUGUAACCAGGUCAGAAUUGGUUUAGUCCUGAAUAAAUGUACCUUAAGGGACUGUAUAUAGAGGAUGUUGUAACUUAAGUAUAACUAUAUAUAGUAUAUAUCUUAUUGCCCAUCAUAUAACCAACAUAAUACCUGAGGAUAUAUAGUUAUUUGUGUAAUUAUUAACUAUAUCCAGGGAUGGCUAAAAUAUGUAUAUAUAUAUAUAUAUAUAAAUCCAGGGUGAAAAACAUUAAUGAAAGACCACUUCCUACCCUCCCUUUAGCUAAAAGAAAACCUUUUCUGACCCUGUAUUAACCCCAAAUAACUUUCAUACAGUCCUUUAAAUGAGAGUAUUUAUUUUCCCUUUCUUACAGAGGACAGAAACAUUGAAACCUGAUUUAUCCUUUCCAACCUUCCAAAAUGCAAAAAUGUUCACAAAAAUGUUCACUUCUGCUUAUAAUCAAAACGCUAAUUUAAAAAGAUAGCCUCUCAAGGCAAGCUGUGGUUCUUUCACCAAAAGCACCGCAGGAUGAAACAGAUCAGUAGCAGCAGCUGAUCAGUAGUCAGCGCAGUCAGUUUCUUUUUGCUUCCCCCUAGGCAUGAUUUAAUUAAGUAGUAAAACUACUCUACCUGCCUAUUAAAUCUUCCAGUCACCUUUAUAACUUAGCAGCCAGUUUUUGCCCAUCUGUUAAUCUACACCUUUCUGUUUUUAGUUUUUCUUCAGUAAACAUCCUGUUGAAGUUACACAUUGCAGUGGUUAUGGUCUGCAUCAUGCAGACAACCUCCUCCUGGAUCCAUUAUGCCUCAGCCAUAGGAUAACAUUUGUUAAGGUAGCAGAAUUGCAUCUCAGUGGAAUUUAGUGUUAUUCUCGGGGUCAGCAUGUAAAAUAUAUGUCUAUUGUAAAUGAAAGAAAAUUUUGAUAAACUUCUAAAUUGGAUUUUCAUAAUAAUCCAUAAGAGUUAUAUAAAUAUAACAGUGAAUGAGUAUCAUGUCACGUUUUACCUCCGUUUGCACUAGUUUGACAUUUUUGGAAUUGCUGACUUUUUUGGCUUUCUUGCAGGAAGUUAGAUCAGAAGAUCAAUACCACUUUCAUGUCUGUAUGAUAAAUAUGAAGCUAUAACCAGCGGUCAGUUAGCUUAGCUUAGCAUAAGGUCUGGAAAUGGGUAAAUAGCUAGCCUGGCUCUGUGUAAAGCGUUAGCUUCAGAGGUGCUGGUUGGUAGGUUUUGUUACCUUUAUCCAGAGCCAGGCUAGCUGCUACCACAGGUUUCCAGUCUUUAUGCUAAGCUAACUGUCAGACACAAGAGUGGUAUUGAUCUUCUCAUCUAACGAAGAAUAAAGAAUAAAUGUAUGUUCCCAAAAUGAUUGUUUUUAGGUUAAUCACUUCAUUGAACGUUUUAUUAUCAAUCAUUGUAAGGCAUUAUAAGGUUUCAGGCCAAUAGAGAAACUAAUACAAUCUCAAAGGAAAAGCACUUCAUUCUGUUUUUUUAAUAGGUCUCAUAAUAGUAUAGAAUCAAUUUAUGUCAUAUAUGUGUAUGUAUGAAAAUAACAAACCUUACUCAGAGGGAAUGUUGGAAUAUUUUGGGAUUAUGUGUUUGAUGGAUGCACCUCACUGUGACACAUUAUGUAGGAGUCUUUGCAUUCAUAAGUGUUUUUCUGCUGGUGCUGUAACACAUCUCAAAUAUUUUUGGGAUCGGUCAAAAUUACAAUUAUAGGUGUCCAGGUUGCUGAUGGACUUUUCUGACAUGCGGCUACGACUGCAAGCUUUAUUGUUCUGUGACCUUACAUGUUGUCAUUCAGUACAUGCAUUCUUCAAUUCCAGUUAUCUUACAUUACAUCUGUAAACUGCCUUAUUGGAAGAUGCAUGUGUCUUAUCUCCUGUACCCUGCAUAACACAGUUGUUUUGAAAUUGCAUUAUUUCUGUAUUCUAUUUGGUCUUAUCACCAGAUGUGUAUCUUUUGUAUUGUCUCUCUCGGUAGACAAACAGCACCCUCACUGGAUUUAGUUUAACAUUUGUGCUCCCUGUAGCAUUUUCUUUUCAAGGGCAGUAGCACAGAUUAACACACACACUGCCCGGUUGUGAUAAUCGCUCCACCAAAUUCACAUUAUGGUAAACAUUACAACUGCAACACUGAUAAGAAAUAGGUUGCUUGUCAUUUCUGAGGAGGGAGAGACUGUUACUUCAACCAGAUGCAAGUUAUAUAUUCCCUGUAGCAUGAAACAAUUUAUUAAUUAUCAGUUAUGACAAAGUGACAGAGUCCAUAAAAAGAUUAGUGUGACUUUUAGUUUUCAUUUGAUGUUUCUUCGUGCAACUAGUGUACCAGAUCUAUUAUCUAUUAUUAGAUGUAAAGGUCUGUGACAGUAUACAGUGACAUAUCACAUAUGGAAAUUGUGUGUACACUGUAUGUGAAAUAUUUCUCAUGAUAUUUUUCAUAAAUAUAGAGUAUUUAUAUUUCA